AUGGAUAAAAGCUCAGUCCUCGAGGACGCCAUCAAGUAUCUGAAACAGCUAAAGGAGACAGUUGAAGACCUUGAGGCAAAAGCCGAAAAGCAAGCCAUGGAAUCAGUCGUGCUCGUCAAGAAAUCUGUGAUUAUAUUAGAGGACGAGCAGAGCCUAAUUGUUGAUGAACAACAAUUGCCCGAGAUCGAAGCUCGGUUGUACGAAAACCUCGUUCUUCUCAGGGUGCAUUGCGAAAGACAUAAGGGCAUUCUCGUCAAGUUAGUGAGUAAGGUCGAGAGCAUGAAUAUGAUAGUCAUCAACACUAAUGCCACGCCCUUUGGGAACGUGACCCUCAACAUCACCAUUGUUGCCGAGAUGGAGAAAGAGUUCAACUUGACGUUGAAAGAAGUUGUGACGGCUAUACGAGGAGUUGUCCAGUCCGGCUGCGCCUGA